ACGCCCAUUGAGCUCCCACCCAGCCCUCCAGUGCAGCGCCGCCGCCUUUGCAGCGCCGUGCAGAAUGCGUGCCAUCAGCCGCUAAUCCCUGGAUCCUCCCGAGUAGGACGGACGGUGCAUUCCGGGAGAGUCGGUCAGUGUUGCCGUGGGGGUGUCGGCAGCGCUGGGGACCUGUUGGAGAUGACAGCUGACCAGGGCGGACUGAAGCGCAGGCACCAAAACAACAUUAGCCGAAGAGGAAGUUACAGUGUGACUGGGCUGUCGACAUGGAUUCCCUGAUGAGUGCUGUGUCGCCACGCUCACCGGCACCCGGCAAGAAGCUCUGUGAGGUGGACUUCAGGUCCGGGGCGACCCUGGAGCAGCUGUCCUCUCAGGUGUCCGAGUUGGUCCUACUGGAGCAGGGCGAGUUCGGGGACCAUACGGCUUUGGAGGUGCACACGGCAAAGGAUUUCAUCUUCAACAUGUUAGGUUUAGUCCAGAAGGUGGAUCAGCGCCUCCCAGUGGCUAACGAGUACUUACUGCUGUCCAGCGGGGCCCGGGAGGGUGUCUUGGACCUAAACCCGGAGGAUCUGGGUGACUACGCCAAAGGUGCCGAUUUUGACCUGGACUUCACACUGCUGGUGCCGGCCCUGAAGCUCCACGACCGCAACCAGCCCGUCACGCUGGACAUGAGGCACUCGCCACCAUGCCACUCAUGGCUCAGCCUGCGCCUGUGCGACUCCAACAUCCUGUCCCGCUGGAGCGUCUGUUGCCAGGAGGAGAGCGGACUUCCUGAUGGGGAAGAUGAGGAUGAAGACGGCGAAAUGGGAAAAGGCUCCAUCCCCUCCUUGGGCUCCCCUCAGUCCCUGGAUGGCUGCUACUUCUCCCCCACCCUGGUGACAGACUGGUUCUGGGGGGUGGUGAGUGAGGCAGUAGAUGAGCUGCGCCGAAGCCCCCAGCGAGGCAUUCCAACCCCCGAACGACUGGAGAGGAACGGGCCACUCACGACCAUCAUCCUCCAGGCAGGCUCCAGCCGGGUGCUGUACGACCUCGUUCCAGUGGUGUCGUUUCGGGGCUGGCCUGCUGUGGCUCAAGGCUGGCUGACCGCCAACCACUUCUGGGAUGGUAAAAUCACUGAGGAGGAAGCCAUAUCAGGAUUCUACUUGCUGCCCUGCUGCUCACCGCUGGGUGGCCGUCCUGACAGGGAGUGGAGGCUCGCCUUCUCCCGCAGUGAGGUUCAGUUGAAGAAGUGCAUCCCCUUUCCCAUGGCCCAGGCUUUCCAAGCUGCCAAGGCGGUUUUGUCUCGUAUCCUGGCCCGUCCUCGUGCAGGUCUCAGCCUCUACCACCUGCGCACGCUUCUCUUUUGGGCCUGUGACAGACUUCCCGAUGCCUACUUGUCCUGCUCAGACUCUGAUACCCCCGGUCGUCUCCUCCUGGGUCUCCUGGAUGACCUGGCUCAUUGCAUCCUCGGUAAAAACUGCCCAAACUACUUCCUGCCCCAGUGCAACAUGCUGGAGCACCUGACUGACAGCCAGGCUCUUCUCGUGGCUCGGAAACUGGCGCACGUGCGUUCCGAUCCCAGCGAGCACCUGCGGGCCGCUUUAGACCAAGCCCAGCAGGCGGGUCAGCUCAAGAAGGAACUCGCCACGAGCGCUAACGGCUCUCCAAGGCAUCACGCCACCAAUGGAAUCAUCUCGCCUUCCGAGGACAAGCUGGCUCAGCGUCUGCAGCAGCUGGUCACAGAGAAUCCCGGGAAAUCGAUCUCGGUUUUCCUGAACCCAGACGAUGUCACCCGGCCGCACUUCCGCAUCGAUGACAAGUUUUACUGACGCUACAGCGGAAUAUUUGAACGUGUGUGCGUGGGCACACCUGCACGGGUUGGGUGUUUAUAACCGUAGUUUGCCCCCCAGUGGCUGAAUGAUGAUCUCUCUUCAGACCGAAACACACUCCUGUCCUAACGCUGAACGGAAUGACACGUCACUGAGUGGUUGCCAUGGAAACGGGCGCCUCCAACAAGCUGUCCUUAACAAGACUGAUCUGGCUUGGUUUCGUCAAGCAAAGGUGGAAACACAAAGACUGUUAAAAGUGCAAACAGAAGGAUGAUCACUUCUAUAGACUAAAUGGCUGAAAGCUACUUGAUUGUUUUGAUAGUUUUCUUGAAUGUUUAAUGAUCACAUUGUGAUGUAUGAGUUCCAAAAGCCAGAACAAGACGCGGCUGAUGAAACUGAAUGUAAUGCGGUGAAGAGACCUGCCUCGUCUCUUCUCAUCGACUCCCAUUCGUUUUACGCUUUUGUUGAUAUUUCUCAGGUACCAAUAAUGCUUACCUUGUUAAAUUGAAGCUAGUCCCUUCAAAAGGUCUUUCAAGUAUUUCAGUGUGUCUUCACUGGAUAACACAACGUACCAAAGAGAAAACAAAAAAAAACACUUGCAAAUGAGUUUGCAAAACUCCAGUUUACGCUUUCCUGCCGAUUGAACAAGUCUGUAUCCGGUGAACAUUACUGUUUACUGACCCAAAAUUUAUGUGAAAACAUUUUUUUUUAAUAAUGAAAAAAAGACAUAUCUCAAAUUAAUGUCUUUGUUGAUCGUUAAGUGAAUGAAUUUUUUUCUAUAGCUGUUUAGAAUGUCAUGUUUAAAAAGGCUUCCAUGGUUUUUCAAGCUCCAAAAAAAAGCAUUUGAAAGUGAGUGUGGUGGUUAAUUAAGCUUGACUAUCCAUGAGUGGCACAGCCGUGGACCUUCCAAUUGUAUUUUUUAAACACUUACAAGCACACCGCCAAGCGUACAUGGCGACAUGCAACAUGACUCACUGCUGUUUUUUUGUUUUCUUUUAAUUAAGCUGCUGUUUCUUAAAGGAUCUGAUGUGCAGACUGCUGAAUACUUUAAACUGCUGUCGGUGUGUGGGUGUGUUUGGUGAAGCUGAAGAACAACCAAAGUGUGUUGGUGAAGAUUGUUGACUGCAGUGCAUUUAGCUUCAUGUUGAAAAACGGUAGUGCGGCACAAGUUCUUCGUGAUUGAGCUACUUUGUCAUUCUUUUGGCUUCAAAACAAUCGAACUCGGUGCAGAUGUAGUUGUGCUUUGCAGGGAUGGCAUGACGACAUCUGCGCUAUUUUAGUUGCCAUUUCCUGCUGAAUAUCGUAGACUCAUUUCUAAAUCACUCAACUUUUAAGUGCUGUUAAGACUCUUAGUUGAAUUAUAUUAAUUUCAGUAUAUGUUAAUAUUUAACUUGUUGCUUUGAAAAAAAAGUGCUAAUUAUAGUGACAUUUUUUUGGACUGUAACAUGACUGAGUUAAUGUAUUUAUUAUCACCGCUGAUUCUGAGGGCUUGAUAUUGAUCAGUUUGAGCUCUAGCAUGAAAUAAAUCACUACA